AUGAUGGUGGCGUCGCGGACGGAUCCUAGUGGUGAGGAGGGGGCGGGGUGUUCCGACUCCGGGUUGAAGGUCAUCGAGUGGGAGGACCUGCAGCAGGAGCUCGCCCGCCUGUGGAGCCUUUCCUCUGCUCUCAGGAAGGCCAAGGAGAGGAAGGAGGCUUUGGCGCUGAAGCUGGAAUCGGUCAUUAAGGUAUAAGCCGAACGGAUUCGCGGGCGGGUUCAGGGAUUUUGGCGCCCGCCUGACUCCUCUGAUCCUCGGUUUCGGUCAUUGAAAAUUUCAAGUCUGGGGACCGAAAUUCGACUCCUCUUGCUUCCUCGUCGCCUUUUGAGUCGAGCUUCAUCUGCUUUAAUCCUUCGGUGCGAAUAAACUGGUAAUUGGGUGUUACCUUCUUUUUUUCGUAUAAAGUUUUUGAACAUUUUUUCACUCCUGGAGGAUCUACUAUCCGACACGUCGGUGAUCUGUGCUCGAUCCUCUCGCAGUGUGGUAGAAAAUCGAAUUUCCGUAAUCCAGGUACGUGAAAAUUGGAGCCAAAGAACUGCAGUCACGCUGCGCGCUGAUUUUUAAGAAUCGGAUUUUGUAUCAUGUUUGAUGCUGAUGUUGUUUUAUAUCCUCUACGAAGUGGUGCUCAGAGAAGCAUCUGUACCCGGGCUUUCUGCCACCUUUCCUUCUUGUUUUUUCUCCUCUUCAUAACACCGUGAUGUGUUUGGUGACAGGAAAGAAAUGAAUAUCUAAAUCAAUCCAAUGAAAUAGAAGAGAAGAGGCAGAAACUGGAAGAUCGGAAACUAGUGAUGGGUGAUCUUCUCCUGCGUUCAAAAAGGAGUUCAGACCAUGCCAAAAUCCAAAGGGAUCUACUUUGCAAUAAUAUCAGAAGUCUGCUGUUUGCUAGCAAGAGUCUCUCCGGUGCCCAUCAACAAAUGCAGGUAGGUGGAUGUUACUGGCGUUAUUUUCAUAUAUAUUGCAAAAACAUGCUCUAUUGAAACAUUUUUUAUUUAUCCGUAGUAUGAAUAACACAAUUGUAUUAGCCAGUUUGCACUUCUGAAUAUAUAUAUUUUUCUUCAUUACAUUGUUUUUUUGUUUAGCUAUGAUCAUGUUCGUUUAUAUAUCUCCCUUUGAGAAGCAAGACGUUUUAAUGAGUGCUUGUGUUUUUAGAUGAUUACCCGUAAAUUAUCACAUCAAAAAUGCUUAUCCAUCAACUUGAGUCAACCAGUAAUAUAACGAACUUUUUUGUCAAUGAUUAUCGGCUUAGUCUUAUGAUUGUUGCCAACCUUCUAUAAGAUUUCGUCAUGUUAAAAGCCUUCAUCGUAUUUUUAGCUUACUGAAGCAAGAGGAUCACCUUCAAAUUGGACGUGGUGAGGGAGGUUUGACCCCCCUAAAAUCCAAAUUCAUGGUUAUCAUUGGAGAGGUGAUCCCAGAGUGUAUUGUAAGAUUGAUGACUUUUUUAAUGGAAUUUCUUUCCUUUUUUAAAGGAAAAGUUUUUCAUGGCUGGUUACCCCAUAAAAUGCAAAUCUGCAGUUAUCAUGCGGAUCAGUGGACUGACAGCUGUGUCGUAUGAACCUUUUUCUUCUGUAAUUAAGGAAUUUCUUUCUUUAGAGAAAAGGAUUAUCAGGAUUAUAUUAAUUACCUGACAUUGUUCAAAAGGAACUUUUUCUUCAAGAUUUUCAGCUCUUAUUUAUUGUUAAUUUAUCUGGUUAGAAGUGCUAGGGAUCAAACGAACUAAUCUUCUUGAUUCUGAUACACAUGGCUUCUGUCUGUACCAUGGUUUUCUCUAUUUCAAAAAAAUAUAUAUUAUUUUCUGCUUUUGACUAUAAACUUUCCUCUCAAUAGUUCUGAGAUUUCUUCGUUAAUUACAUACCCUAUGGUUGUGUAAGAAUUGAUGGGAAGAAAUCAGUUCAGAAAUUACCUUUAAGCUAAAAGUAGGACUUUAUUGCGGUAAAUCCUUAGACUAUUCCAUAAUGCUACGUUUAGUGUUUCUAAUGUUCUCUAAAAGGUUAAAGAUAUCAUCAACACAUCUUCUGAUGACUUCUCUUCGAGCUCCUGAUGAUUUGACAAAUGUGGAGAAUGGCUCAGACCCUGUCGUAUGGAGGCUGUUAAUGAUGUGUUGAGUAGUAUGGCGAGAACAGGGUAGAGAAUUUUCAUAUGGACAAUGGGUCUUCCAUCGAGCUGCUGUGUUAUUACAGGCAGUAAAAUAGCCGUUUUCUUUUAUUCCUUAGGAUCCAGGUGAGGAACUUUGAGGAAUGAGAGUGAUACUAUCUAAAUGGUGCUAGAGUGAAGUUCUUUAACCUUGUUUUUUGCCUUUUCUUAGCCAUUUUUCAAUUAACAUAGAAUAUACAGGAGCUUGAUUAUCAUGUUCUCUGAGUAUUACUUAUUUCUUUAAUCAUUCGUUUAUUCUGCGACUUAAACAGUCCAGAAUAUUAAAUUUUUUGUCGCGAAGUUCUUUAGGUGCCUUAAUUCUCAUAAAUUUUCAUAGAUUCACAUGUUGAUCUCCAGUAUUAAAUAAUAAAUUACUGAUGCAAAUGAUGGAGGCAGUCAAUGGCCACGCGUUGACUAUUCAACUGCUAGCGCAGGAGGCAAAUAGGUUGUUAGCUGGGCAAAGAGGCCAUGGACAUCUUCGCAACCUGCAGAGAAUGGUUCAUGCGAGGCAACAGUACAUGGUGGCACAAGUUUCAGCCAUUUAUCCUGUGAUGGAAUCAAUGAAGCAAUCAUCUCGAGAGAUCUUUGAUGCGAACAGCAGCAAAUCAAGUAUUCCUUUCUCACUGUAUAUCUAUAUAUCCAUCUAUUAUUUUUUCUACCUUUUUUUUUCUCUUUCUUAUUUCAAAUCCUAAAAAUGAAGAACAAAAUUUUACAUAAAUUUAGCUUCAAGUCUCAGAGACUUUGAGUAUGGAUUUGGGUAUUGGUAAACUUUUUUUUCCCCAAAUCAGAUCUUAUAUUUUUUUGAAUAAGGAAAUUUUCGUGUGAAAACAUAUAUAAUAUACUUUAAAAAAUAUAAAUUCGUGAGAUUUGACAUGCAAAAUUAAUCCAGUAUGUGGUAGAAUUUCCUCUUAAAUAACUUCCAUCAUGUCAAGUAACAUCAUCUAUGCCUCUGAGUUGACUUUUUUUUAUUAUUUCUUCAUCGGUCAAAUCCUGACGCUAUCCAUAAAAUCCCCUUGUUUUAUGAAAUCUCGAGCUAUCUAAUGAGAGAGAUGGGAAUUUUCAGGAGAUCGUGCCGGCUCGCCUCCCUCAGAUGCAUCAAGAUCCUCUCAGAGGUCGUCCUCACUUUCCAUCUUAGGCCUGCAACUACCCAGUACCUUUCUAAAGAAAACGAGCUUCUUUCCCGAUAAAAAGGAGCUCCAGAGGUCUGCAACUGCUCUGGGUUACAUUGCUCAUGUGAGUCCCUAAAAUAGCAAUUCCAUCAUACACGCUCACAUAUUAUCAGGCAAGCAGAUUGGAUGAGCUUCUUUCAGACAAUGCUUCUUAUUAUUGAUUGGGCCUUUUUCAGGCAGUUUUGCUCAUUGCUGCUUACCUAGACGUGCCCUUGCGGUACCCUUUGAGAUUUGGCGGCUCGCGCUCAUAUGUUCAUGAUUACGCUCCUUCUAUUGAGCCCACAUCACCCAGCUUGGCCUACAAUCCCACAUCAAGCGCCGCCCCAAAGCCCAUGGAGUUUCCUCUCUUCUUGGAGGGCCAGGACAGCACGAGAGCAGCUUACGCCGUGUUCUUGCUGAACAAGGUUAGUUCUUCUGACGAUAAUCGCAAGAGAAAAUUUCUGCUCAUUUUGAUUGUUUUCUUCGUUUAUUUAAAUUUUUUAGGCUUAUGAGCAGUAAUGGUGCUCAUUUGUAUAGUUAGCGACUGGUGGUCCUAGAGAGAGAGAGAGAGAGAGGGAUUGAUGGAUGCUGAUAGUUUUGGUUUGACCCCUUGGUAAAAAGGGCCACUGAGACGUUGACAAUUGUCUCUGUAGUAAGUUCUGGAUCACUGAGUCAACGCUGCCAAUAGGUCGUCUGGGUCAAUUCAUCCUGUUGUCCUUUAAACCAGGGGUGCCCAGUCUAUAUUUUACUAGACCCAUGAGCCAUAAAUUUUAACGGAGCCAUCUGAUGCUCCCCAUUCUCCGUUAAUACCCCCCAUCACUAGAAACUUCUUUCAUUGUUCAUCUCUGACUCCGAUUUUCAUCUGAGAUUUACAGAGAUCCCUAUGAAGGGAUUUGGUCAGACUCUCUCUCUCUCUCUCUCUCCUUCUCUCUCUUUCUAUAUAUAUCUAUAUAUAUAGAUAUCUCUUUCUCUCUCUUCUCUCUCUCUCUCUGUGUUCAUGUUUGUGUGUGGUGCGCAGGACAUAGAGCAGCUUCUCAAUGGCAUCGGAGAGGAAAGCCUGGGGCCGAGACACGUCUUACCCAACCUCAGGGAGCUGAUGAGGAUCGUUCAGGCCGGGGAGUACAUAGAUAUGUGA